AAUGUGGCUAACGUUAGCACAGCAAGUGCACUUCCAUGCAACGACCAGUAACUUUGCGAUACAAUCAAUCUAUGUGGCUGAACUACACAGUGGAGAGAAAAGGGAGUGACUUGAAUACACUUCAUUUAAAUUAGAGUCGUAAAGAAGCCUUCCCUUCAUCAGAGAGGUGAGAUACUGAAUAUCGGCGCCCACAAAUGUGAUCUACCACACUUCUACCACGGCCUGCCUGCUCCAUAAUGGUACCCAGACUAAUGAUUUUAGCCUGCCUCGCCACUGCGAUGGUCCUGGCAGAAGUACAGGAAAACUUCUCCCCUGAAUGCAGAGAGUUCCUAUUUAUGGGAACACCACCUCGGGGACUGGAGGGACCCACCCUAAAGAAGAUCUGCCAGUGGUACAAUGGCAAAGCACGCUAUAUCACCUUAUACGAUGUCGUCAAUCACAUUCCUGUCUACUCGGCCUACACCUUCAAACGCAACGAUGGAUCCAAGCAAGUUGACGUGCCUUGGAUGUAUGAGCCUCAGCUUUCCACUGUCGCUGCCCAUAGAGAAAUGCAGCCCUUUCCCCUUGAGAACGGAAUCCACGACAGCUUUGAGGAUGCCCAGGCAGUCCUUGAGGACUACUCCAACACAGUGAAGUUUGAACGUGGCCACCUCAACCCCGACGAGCACCAGUACCUCCUCGACGACAAGGCGGCCACUUACACUCUCACCAACAUCGUCCCCCAGGCCCGGGAGUUCAACAUCGGCCAGUGGAAGAAGCACGAGCACAUCCUCCGCCGUCGCCUUAACAACUACUGCCGUGGAACAGCCUAUGUGGUGACAGGGAUCACCACCUCAGGCAGCAUGAUUCGCCGACACAACACCUACCGUGUGGCCAUACCGUCUUACUUGUGGUCCGCAUACUGUUGCGUGGACUAUGACCAUAACGCGCCAUUUGAAGAGCGUGCCAAGUUCCCGGCCUUCGCUGUGCACGGUCUCAAUGAAAACGAGGGGGAGGUGGUGGAGAUGUCAGUCCAGAAGCUGGAAGGCUUUCUGCGGAAGAACACCUACGUAGAUGAGUCCUUCCAAAUCUUCUAUGAAGACUGUGUCCCCACUGACACCAGCUUCAUGCACUUCUAGUGCACACACUAAUGUCACCACCUGUCCACAGUAAUAAAUGUUUUAGUUGGCACUUUUUCCAAUUUUGUAAAGAAAGGGCAGAAUGCAUAACAUGUCUAUGGCCCACACCCUACAGCGGCAACAUAAUAUGAGCCUGUACGCUUUAUUUAACUUUGAUAUCAACAUUGAUAAUUGAUCAGAAAUACAGCAUGUUUAUCUUCAUUAUACUUAACA